CAGCAGCAGCCGCCGCCGCAGCGGCCGCAGGCGAAGAAGGCGGCAGGGGCUGGCUCGGCCCGCGGGCAGCUUCUUCCCGCCAAGCAGCAGCAGCAGCAGCAGCAGCAGCAGCAGCACCCCGGGGCCGGCUGCUCCGAGGGCACCUCCCGGGGGCUGCAGCAACUUUGAAUGCCCACUGAUGUAUGAAGUCUCAGAAAACCAAGGAAGCGGCACAGACAGUUCAGGAAGCAGUUUGGGCAGCUGUGUCACAGCAUGUAAGAAGAUACUCUGCAGCAACAGUCUGCUAGAGUCAACAGACUACUGGCUACAGAAUCAGAGGACACCAUGUCGGAUCGGCUUUCUGGAAGACAAGUCCGAAAACAGUUGCGCUUCAGUUUGUUUUGUGAAUCUAGAUGCAAAGAAAGAUGACUGCAGUGAUGAGCAGUUAAAACAGAGAUUGAUCAGUGUCUCUCCAAAUCUCCCAAAACUUAUCAGCUCUAUGAAUGUACAACCACCUAAAGAAAAUGAAAUAAUCCUGCUGAGCGGACUAACUUCAGGAAACCUUCAGACUGAUUUUGAAGUUCCCCAGUGUUCUUGGCUGACAGAUGUCUGCUUGGUUCAGUGUGCAAGAGGGGACAGAAAAAACAGUACAAGCUGCAUCAUCUUUGAAAUAAACAAAUUUCUGAUUGGACUGGAACUUGUGCAGGAGAGACAGCUACAGAUAGAAGCCAAUGUCUUAAAGCCUGAGGACGAUACAAACUGUUCAGUAUCUUCAAUCGAAGAAGAUUUCCUCACAGCAUCAGAGCACCUUGAAGAUGAGAAUGAGACUGAGGAAUAUAAAAAUGGCCAUGAAAAACUAAAUGUCACAGAACUUGUGUCAGAUCCCAGGAAGCAUAAAGGAAAAGGACCUGAGAAUCUUCAUUAUAGGAAGGCCAGAUUGCCAUUUACUCUCGAUAAGAAUUGUGUUGAUACAGAAAAUGUGGCUUCUGCUAAAAACUUAGGGAAUUCAGAAGCAGCAGUGAAUGUUGUGGCUGAAGACCACCUUUUACAAAGUGGGGAUAAGUUAAUCCAGCAACUACACUGGAAGAAUGAUUUAGCUGGAAGAGCUAGCUCCUCCCACAGUACUAAGAGCGUAGAAGAUUCUUUAACAGGUGAGGUUGAAAAUACUCGCCCAGUGUGCACCUCUGAAGAUGCAUCUCUAACCAUAAUGGCCAAGGAGGAACUGACUUCUCUGCACGACAUAGUAUCAGAACAAAACAGUAAAGUAAAUGCAGAGGACAUUACAUGUGAAAGGAAACCUCACUCUCCCUUGCGAAAUGAGCAAGCAACUACAGGACAGUAUGCUACAAAUUUAGCAGAAUCUGUUUUACAAGAUGCGUUUAUUAGAUUGUCCCAAUCUCAACCCACUUUUAUGGAGGAGGCUGCUGUUAGCAUCUCCAUUGGAAAUUCCUUAAAUUCAGCCACUUGUACAAAUGAAGAUGUAACAACAUCCCGAUCAUGGAAUGAACUUCCAAAAAUUGUCAUUGUACAAAGUCCAGACAGUUAUGAAAAUACAUCAGAAUGGCCUGGUUCUGGUUUUCCAAAUCUAUGCCAUUGGUCUGAAUCAGAAAAUUCUGAAGUCUCAGAUUACUUGGAGGAGGACAGUUCCAAUGGGAACAGCCAGGGUGCACUGGAAGUGGCUUUAGCUUGUGCAGCUACAGUGAUUGGAACCAUUUCAACCCCCAAGGCUGCAGAGAGAUUCAAAAGAGAACAAGAAAGCACAGAUUCUCAGGGCGAAAUAGUUGAUAAUGAAGAGCUGCAGACAAAAUCUUCACAAGGGCUUGAUGGCUGUGCAGAUCUGGAAUAUUCAUUUCCAUCUGCUCUCUGCGGCAUGACUCAAGUAGCAAGUGCUGUAGCAGUCUGUGGUUUAAGUGAAACAAAGGAAGAUAAGUACCCUGUAACUUCAAGUGGACUCUUGUCUGCAGCUGAGGCCUCUGCAGCUAUUACACUCCAUUGUAGCAUAGCCAUAGGAAGCAGCAUGGAGAAGCUGAAUGAUAGCAUUGCAGAGGCACUCCUCAAAGAGGCAUCCAUAAUUUUAACAAAGCCCAAUACAUACAAAAAUAUAGGAGACUUUAUGGAAUCCAUCAAUGGGAGAAUUAUAGAAACUGCCACAAGCCCGCAGAUUUCACGUGUGGAUGAAAUGAUGAGUGACGAGCUUGCACAAAACUUAUCCAACAUCAUUCUGAGGCAUUCUGUCGAGGAAGUUAAAAAGAAGAGGCAGCUACACCCUAGACCAGAUAGUAAAUCAAAUGCAUAUGACAUUUUUAUGGAAACUGCAAAUGAACUGCUUUUUAAUGUGAUAUAUUUCACAUGCAAGAAGAUGAGCGAUAUUGCACAGGUUGAUGAGUGUUCACUUCUCUUUUCUGAGGAUUCAAGUAGAGAAAAAGAUACAGAAACAAAAAGCCGACAGACAACAGCUAAUCAAGCAUCACAGAAAUCUCCAGAUCACUCUAACCGCUACCCGCUUAGUACCCCUUACAGUGCUACUGCUGAUAGAGACAAUAGUAACAUACCAAAUACGAGAGUUAGUGAGAGUGAAAUAGUGGCAAAUAGCAUGAAAAGUGCUACACUACAGUCAGACCUGCCAGGUAGAAUCCGUGGGCAAAAUUCGCUGGUUGCAAGAACAUCCCCCAAAAAAAGAUAUCUGAAAAGAACCACAAGAGAUUGCUACAAAUCCCCAAAUCCGAGUAACAACCAAAAGAAAAAAGAUCUCAGAUCUUUUUCAGACAGAGAUAACACACUUAGAGCCAAUGAAUGCAGACACGGUGUUCAAGAACAGCUAUUUUCUGAUGCCAUUGUGAAUAGAGAAAGUCAGGAUAAAGUUAAGUACGACGACGUGCUGAACAAUGAAGUCCAAGUUAAUGUGUCUUUAUUAGGUAACCAUAUCUUGCUUCCUUCGCAGUCCAUGCUACAGGUAAAACAGUCAAGGGAUAAAUACUGCAUAACAGAUUUUGCAGAAGAAUUGGCAGAAACGGUGGUCUCUAUGGCAACGGAAAUAGCUGCCAUUUGCCUUGAAAAUUCAAAUGGCAAGCAACCCUGGUUCUGUGCAUGGAAAAGAGGAAAUGAGUAUCUGGUGACCCAAAGUUUAUCAUGCAGAACCAUAAAAAGAAAGAAGGAUACUCAGCCUAAUGGCUCAGUUGUUAGGAAGCACAGGCCACCUAGGCUUAGUGAGAUCAAAAGAAAAACAGAUGAGCACCCUGAGCUAAAGGAAAGACUGAUGAACAGGGUAGUGGAUGAAUCUAUAAACCUUGAAGACACCCCAGAUUCUGUCAAUAUCUUUGCAAAUGAAGUGGCUGCUAAAAUUAUGAAUUUAACUGAAUUGUCCAUGGUUGAUAAUGUCUGGCAGGGUCCAAAUCAUCCCAGGAACAGACUUUACUGUGAAAGGUGGAGCAGAGGUAAGGCCUCAAGCUGUGAGAGCAUACCAGAGGAGGAUUCAGACUCCAAGAGCUUUUUGAAUAUGCUGGGCCCAGUGAAUACUUUAGGCCAGCCAGUGAGUCAGACCAGCUCUGUCUCCAAGCAGUCUAGCUGUGAAAGCAUUACAGAUGAAUUUUCAAGAUUUAUGGUAAAUCAGAUGGAAAAUGAAGGAAGAGGGUUUGAUUUGUUACUGGACUACUAUGCAGGGAAAAAUGCAAACAACAUCUUAACUUCUGCCUUGCAACAGGUAGCCAGGAAAAACGGCCACCUCAACGUAAGGCCUACUUGCCCAUCCAAGCAGUCUAGCACAGAAAGCAUAACAGAAGAAUUUUAUAGGUACAUGCUAAGAGAACUUGAAAAGGAAAAUAAAGAUAAUUUAUCUUCCACCAGGAGUUCAAGAGACUGGAGUAGCAGUCUGCUACCACCUCCUCUGCGAACACCAUUUUGUUUUAGACAAUCUUCUGUGCCAGACAGCAGAUCAUCAGGGUCCAGGCUAACAGUGAAUGCCCCAGUCAAGGCAAACUCUUUAGAUGGCUUUGCCCACAGCAGUCACUUGGAUUCCUUAAGCAUACAAGUCAGUACUGCAUCUUCUUCAGGUCUUUGCAAGUCAGAUUCAUGCCUAUACCAAAGAUGUAGGACUGACCAGAUAACUGACAUGUUAAUUCAUGAGACGUGGGCAAGCUCAAUUGAAUCACUAAUGCGUAAGAACAAAAUUAUAGUGGACGAUACAGAGGUUACAGAUCCUGAUCAGUUUUCCAGUGAUUCCCCACCGCAUGUAGAACAGUAUGCAAAUAGACUGGCUGCAAAUAUUGUCAAAAGUGGGAAAACUUUAAUUGCUGUCCAUCAAGAUUCAUUUGAACAUACAAGCAGAGAACAUGUCACAGAAAACAGACAUCUCCCAAGUGUAACACAAGGUCACUCAAAACCACCAAGGGACAGAAUACAUUUAGAUGGGAAAAAAGAACAUAUUACAAACCCUGGAUCCCCUGCUUUAAGCCACAUAAGCUCCUUUCCUUGCCCAAGGGAUGUCCCUUUGAUUCAGAUAGAAAUUGAUCAAAGAGAAGACCUGGAUAAAGACCCAGAGCCAUUAACUUCUAGUAGCAUCCCCUGUGGAAAAGCUAAACAACAUGCCAACAAAGAAAAGCCUCCAGAAGCAUCUUCUGGGAAGCAUGUGGUUUCAGGCUGCUUAAUGAAUAGCAGCAUUAGUAUUAGGAAUGGAACAGAUGCUGAAACUGUGGUGGAAACAAAAACAGCUGAAGAAUUCCCAAACCCUCUCAGCAGCAGUGAUGAAAGCAUGGGCAGCUGGUCUCAGCUAGUGAAUGAUGAGGAUAAUCCUGAUGAUACAAGUAGCUACUUACAACUCAGUGAGAGAUCCCUGAGCAAUGGCAACAGCAGUACAACUAGCAGUCUUGGCAUUAUGGACCUGGAAAUUUAUCAGGAAAACAUGCCAUCUUCUCCCAUGAUUAAUGAAUUAAUAGAAGAAAAAAUGUUCCUUAAAGAACAGCCAGAGAACACAGAGGAAAGCACCUCUGGGCUGUCAGUGGGGACAUCCAAUUGUCAAAAGGAUCUGUUAGUGAUCAACUUUGAUCUGGAGCCAGAGUACCCUGAUGCAGAGCUCAGAGCAACACUUCAGUGGAUAGCUGCCUCUGAACUUGGAAUCCCAACCAUCUACUUCAAGAAAUCUCAGGAAAAUAGGAUUGAAAAGUUUCUAGAUGUUGUGCAGUUAGUUCACCAGAAGUCCUGGAAAGUGGGUGAUAUCUUUCGUGCAGUGGUUCAAUACUGCAAGCUACAUGAGGAAAGCAGAGAAUUAACACCAAGCCUCUUUGACUGGCUUCUUGAAUUGGGAUAAGGAACCUGUUAAUGUUCAGCUUUUUCUUUUUAAGUCCCGCUUAAGUGGCUGUGGUUUGUGUAACGCUCUAAUUUUCAGAAAUCAGUACAUAAAAUGAGCACAAAUAUACAAACUCAACUAGCACAAUACAGGUCCAUUCCACAGGUGUAUACUGAGCCAGGUGAAAUCAAGGUGUACUUAUACUGUUACAUCAUGUGAGGGACUUGAGACGUGUUGUGUUUUAGAGUGUACUGUACUAAGAAAAGAGGAAUUUUGCCUUUUAAAUGAAUAAACUAUAAAAUGACUGGAUGAAAACAAGACAUAUUUCUGUAAUUGAAUAUUCUGUUAAUAUCCUUUGGUUAACUUAAUCAACUGCAGUGGAAUUAUAGACUCAACGUUCAUUUUUAAAACACUAUCUGUACAGUUUAACUAUUAGAAUACUAGUGUUUUCCAGAUGCUUAGGAGAAUGUGUCUCUAGAUACAUAAUAUAGAAAGAUAAAUAAUUAUUUUUUAAAAUCCCAGCAACCUACAAAAGGGGCAGAAAACUUGGAGGUCUUAUAUCUUUACAGGUAGAUGAUUUAAAAAAAAGAUUUCUGUUUAAUGCAUUUAAUUUUCUUCUGAGAGAUGUUUAUUUGCUUUCCAAGCUUUUCCAUAAUUGUUUUAUUCUAAAGGAACUGAAAUCUAGACACUCAAAAUAUUGCUCUUUAAAAACAGUCUGAGACCUUUUAAUUUUAUUCAGAGGCAGCACAGGCCAGUGGAGGAAGCACUGACUUGUGAAUCAGGAGAUCUAGGUUCUUUUCCCAGCUCUGCCCCGGACCUGCCAUAUGACCUUGGGAAAUUUACUUCACCUCCGUGCCUCAGUUUCCUUAGCUAUAAAAAGGGGGUACUAAUAGUAACUUUCUUAGGUAAAGUGCUCUAUGAUCUUUAGAAAAAGCACUUAUAAGAGCAUAUUAUUUUAUUUAAAUUUUAAUCUAACUUAAAUAAAUGGGUUAUUAAGAAGAAAAUCAGCCUGAAGAAACUAGACGGUGUUAUCAUAAAUAUACAUUAUGCAUUUAGUUUUGUUUUUAGUAUUUACAAGAAUAAAGUAUUAUUGUUAAAUACAUGUAUAUUUACAUUUGGAUUGAAACUCAUUUUGGAUGUAAAUGUUUGGAUGAAACAGGAUAGCUCAUGUUAUGAAAACAUUUAUAUAACUAUUUGAUAAGAUCUAACUACAAUAUCUUGCAGCUGAAAUGAUCAGUUAGUUUUAUGCAUUUAACUAUACUCUCUCUCGAAUCUGCCAAAGAGAUUCAUUUCGAAUUCAAAGGAAAAAGAACUUAUAGUAAAGAACUUCAUAUAUAUUGUGAUUUACUUAUUUGAAAAAACAACACAUUUCAUGUUUCCCUAAAUAAAAUACUAUAAGAAAUUCUGCUUGUAUUUCCCUGAGAAAAUAUAUAAGAGAACGUUUAUUUUCCUUAUCACAGUAUAUGCUUCCAUAAUAUGUCCUGGGAAAUUAUCCUUUUGCACUAAGUAUUUUUGAAGAUUUUGAAAUAGUUUUAAAUAAAUUUUAACAAAAGAGCCAUAAUAUAUUAGCAUUAAAUUCAUUUCCACACUUGCAUGUGCUUUCACUCAUAUGUUAAAGAAAAGAUUGUCAGUGUAUCAACAUCUAUAUGCGAUAAAAAGUUACAUAGCUAACUUUGCAUCUACUCUGCAGUACACACAGCACAGUAAAAGUCACUUUACUGUCAGUAUAAAGGUGAGUUUACUACAUACACUAAAUGUGAAUGGACAGCUUUUGGACCUGUUCCUGGCAAGUGCUAGAUACCCACAACUCCUGCAGACAUCAGUGGAAGUUAUGGGUAUUCAGUACCUCCAAGAAACUGAAUGUUAAUAAAAAAAUUGCUGAGUAUUCCAGACUGAAAGUACUUUGUUUGAUCUAAUAAAUAGAAAAAUGUAUUUAUUGUUAGAUCAAAUACCAUUAGUUGUCAGUAUGUAAACAUUUUGCUGUGAUAGAAUAAAUAUUUACUUAUCCUAAAAAGCACAAAUAACUUGACUGAGUUGUAACAGUGUGAUGAAGUUUCUUCUGUACAGUAGUUCUUAUUGUCGCAAAUUAUUCAGAAAUAAAUUUAUGUUACAACA